UUAAAGCAGCCUAAAACAUCGGAAUGACCGUAGCGAAAAAAUUGCUGUUGUUUUGACGCCUGAAAGCUGAUUGGCUUUGGAUUGUAGGCGAAGGUCAAGUCUUCGGACCCUGUUCACAAAUCAUAGUGGAGAUGGCUUCAGACUUUGACUGGAAAAAUGCCUCGCCCAAUUCUUUAUAUUUCCUCCUCGAUGCCUCCCGUCCAUAAGCCAAGUCUCAAGCAUUUCCUCACUUGUAAGAGAGAUGGACAAGGUAUUUAUGCGACAAGAAGUUUUGCUGGGACACCUCAGCAGCACUCCACGAACUUCCUCGGAUCUCCUGGUUUCUUCAUCUCCGUGUGCUGCAUCUUAUGAGCGGACUCCCGAGUACAGUGAUGAUAUUGUCAUUGUGGCGGCAUAUAGGACCCCUAUAUGCAAGGCCAAACGUGGGGGUUUCAAGGAUGCUCGUCCAGAGGAUCUGCUCGAGCCUGUUUUAAAGGCUGUGGUUGAAAAGACUGGAAUCAGGCCAGAUGAAGUUGGUGACAUUGUUGUUGGAACAGUUCUGGCCCCUGGUUCUCAGAGAGCCAUGGAGUGCCGUGUGGCUGCUUUCCUUGCAGGAUUUCCAGAGACUGUGCCUAUCAGGACGGUCAACAGACAAUGUUCUUCUGGACUUCAGGCUGUAGCUGACGUGGCUUCUGCUAUCAAAUCUGGAUACUACAACAUUGGGAUUGGGGCAGGGUUAGAGUUAAUGUCAGAGCAUUCCAUAGGUUGGAGACGCAAUGAUAAUCCAAGGGUUCAGACGAACCAAAAAGCGCGGGAUUGCUUGAUUCCAAUGGGCAUUACUUCUGAAAAUGUCGCAGAGCGAUAUGGAGUUUUAAGAGAGGAACAAGAUGAGGCGGCUGUUCGAUCUCAUAAAAAUGCACAGGCGGCAACAGCUACAGGAAGGUUUCAAGAUGAAAUCAUUCCAGUACAUACUCAGAUCGUUGAUCCGAAAACUGGGAACAAAACGUCUGUAACUAUUUCGGUAGAUGAGGGGAUUCGGGCAAAUACAUCUAUGUCUAGUCUUUCUAAGCUCAACCCUGCUUUUAAGAAGGGUGGCAGCACUACUGCAGGAAAUUCGAGCCAAGUUAGCGAUGGAGCAGCUGCUGUCCUCCUUAUGAGGAGGGCAAUGGCUGUGACAAAAGGAUUACCGAUUCUUGGAGUUUUCAGGAGUUUUGCAGCAGUUGGAUGUGAUCCAGCUGUAAUGGGAAUAGGCCCAGCUGUUGCAAUACCAGCAGCAGUAGAGGCAGCUGGACUGCAAAUCAAUGACAUUGAUCUUUAUGAGAUUAAUGAGGCAUUUGCAUCCCAAUAUGUGUACUGCUGUAAGAAAUUGGGCCUGGAUUCAGAAAAAGUGAAUGUAAAUGGUGGAGCCAUUGCUCUUGGUCACCCACUUGGAGUAACAGGGGCUCGGUGUGUAGGAACAUUGCUCCAUGAAAUGAAGCGCCGCGGUAAAGAUUGCAGGUUUGGAGUUGUGUCCAUGUGUAUAGGUACUGGGAUGGGAGCUGCAGCAGUGUUUGAGUGUGGCAGUGAUCACUUGAGCAAUGCCAGAUCAAACACAACAAAUAAUUUGCUUUCCAAUGUUUAGCAGAAAACGGGGUCAAUCUUUUAUUAAGCAAUACUAUUUGACUUAUAUGAUUGAGUGUGGCAGUGAUCAAUUGAGCAAAUGCCAGAUCAAACACAACAAAUAAUUUUCUAUGGAUGAAAGUAGGUUCAUACUUGAUUUACAGAAUAAAUUCCGAAAAGCAAAGUGUCAGGGUAGGCUGAAGAUUUUGAAAGGGUGAUCAUUAGUUCUAUUCAACUUUUAAAUAAAAUUUGAUUUAAACGUGAAAACUUAUAUCUCAACUAAAUGGAUUGAAGUUUUGCAUAUGAUUGCUGUAAUUGAGUUUCACCUUGACUACAAUGUCAAAUAAUUUGUAAACCAGAUGGUUUUGAAACAAUCGUUCAGGCUAUUUACUACUGGUUAUUAUAUCAGGGCAUGUUUUGAUUGAAUAAGCAUCCAUUUGUGCUGCAUGCAAUAAAGAUAGUCGGGCUAAACUUAGAUGAAAAAA